AAUUUUUUGGGGUUAAAGGUCGGGGGAAAGUUCAUAGGGUCAACCUCCCUUAUUCAGUUGUGCCAAAGAAGGCUUUUGCAGAACUAUUUUUUAGAUCGAAUCGGCCGUUGCGAUAAUCACCAUGGGUUCUCAAGUUUCUAAAUACUUGGCUGUUGAAACAGAUAGUGCUGGAAAUGUUGAUACCAAGAGUUUGUUAUUGCAACUUGCAUUCCGACUAGGAAGCACUGCGUUAUUAACGUAUCUUUUAUUUAAAUACAUUGAUAAAUUGAGAGAAAUAGUCGACCCCACAAGAAAACAGAAAAAAGCGGCAGAAGCCAAAGCAAAGCAAUUAUUGAAACUUCUCGGAAAAUCUGAUGUGAAAAAUUUCAAAUUUACUGAAUAUGAACUCAAUGUUGCAUCACAGCUGGUUGUCCCUACAGGAAUUGGUGUGUCAUGGGAAUCUAUUGGAGGGCUCGAGGAAAUUAUUGACCAAAUACGUGAAACUGUUAUACUGCCAUUUCAACGUAGAGAAGUUUUUAAGAUGUGCAAAUUAUUUCAGCCACCGAAAGGUAUACUUCUAUAUGGACCACCAGGAUGUGGUAAAACUAUGCUUGCUAAAGCUACUGCAAAAGCUGCUGGAUGUGCUUUCCUGAACAUUGAGAUCCAACAGCUCACUGACAAAUGGUAUGGAGAGUCCCAAAAACUUGCAGCUGCUGUUUUUUCACUAGCACAUAAGUUGCAACCAGCAAUUAUAUUUAUUGAUGAAAUUGACGUUUUUCUUCAAAUGAGAUCAGAUAGAGAUCAUGAAGUCACUGCUAUGAUGAAAGCAACCUUCAUGAGUUUAUGGGAUGGUCUCGCUACCGAAUAUGACAGUCAAAUUAUGGUGAUGGGAGCAACAAAUCGUGCUCAGAUGAUUGAUCAAGCUAUUUUGCGUCGCUUGCCGAUUCGACUCCACGUACCAAUGCCAGAUUUAGGACAACGUUCAAAGAUAUUAGAAAUUGUUCUUGAUGGUGAAAACCUUAGUAGCGAUGUCAAUUUAAAUGAAUUGUCGGAAGGUCUGCGAGGAUUUAGUGGCAGUGACAUCAGAGAAAUGUGUCGACAUGCGUCAGUGGCAAGAGUACAUGAACAUAUCAAAAUGGAAGAGAGCAGUGGUUUACGAAGUUCAGCUUUGCGUCCAAUAAGCAUGGAUGAUUUAUCAAAGGCUGCCACAGUGAUGCAAAAAAGUAAAGGAACUGAAUUACCUUAUUUAUUUCCACAAGCAAUGAACAAGGGCACUGGAGAACCAGUAGAUUAAGCAACUAAAGGAAUUAAGAUGUCAUGAAAUUCAAAAAAGCAGAUUAAAAUCUGCAUGAAUUUUAGUAUGCAAUGAAUACAGUAUCAAGGCAUCAAAAUCGUUUCUUCACUGUUCUAAUGUUGCGGAGCCCCCAAAAACAAAAGCUGAUAUAAUAGAUAUUCCUAUUUGGGUAAAGUUUGAUUAAUUUUUGAAUAAUAAUAAUAUUUUUAUUUGGCCUUAUUUGCUAUGUAAUGUAAGAAAGCAUUUUUGGACUUAAAAUUGAGCUUUCUUUUUCGUGAUGCUUCGAUGUUAGCAAAGCCUCUAUUUUAUGGCAAUUUUCGCAUUUAUGUUAUGCACUUUUGUCCCAGAUUUUUUUUUAAAUAUGUUUUUAGGUUCUUACACUAUCGCUUAAUUGCAUAUUUAAUUUGUUAUCUUCAAAGCAUGCCACUGUUCGUAGAGCUUAGCGAUAGUUAUAGAUGGAUGGCACCCCGCUGUUGAAAUAUGCACUAAUCAUCGUCGUGAGAAUCACUCUCGUAAACCAUCGUCUUUGCCUUUUUUGCAUCAUAACUGGUAACUAUACGAGAGGCCGUGGUACCCCGUCUCAUCGACUUUCCUUUCGCCCAGGAAGCAGGAAUCUCUUAGACUGUUAAGGUUUCUGUGCUAUUUCUUGACAGUGAAAUCCAUUACCCUUAAAUUUCAUAAAUAUCAGGAUUGGUUAACCAUUUUAUUCCAGUGAUAUCUACUUACAUUUACUGUGUACGUACAUAAUUCAUUUCUUGCCUGAAUUUUUCUUUAAUUUCACCGUUGGGCUAUCAGAUGGUAUCGUAUCCUAGACCUGUCAUCAUUCAUGCAUCAUUAAUACUGAGUUGAAAAUGUUGAAUUUACUUUGGUAUGGUCGUCCGAUUCUGGAGUAUGACAUAUAUACAGUUGAUAGAUUUUGCGUAGUUUCUUUUAUCUUUCUUUUGCUUGAAUGAUUUAAUUCCUUCAGUUUAAAAAUUUUGGGUACAAUCAUACACAAACGGCAGAAGUUUAAGUGUUAAAUAAAUUUUCCUAAUUUUGUGUAUUUAAGUAAUUUGUUAAUUCUGUUUUUCGGGUUAACCUCUAUGCUUAUCAUUGAAUAUGUUAAUGUUGGGAAGUCUCUUUUUGAAUUCCAAAAUUCAUUACAAUAGUAUAUUGAUACUUUCAAAAGUCAUUGCAAAUUUUUCUGACGUCGUUCAGAAAUGUGACUUACCCAAAUUAAGUGUCAAACUGAGAUUGUAUUCAUGAUGAAUAGCAUUUGCAGAAUACAAAUUCAUGAUAGCAACUAUUUAUUUG